CAAUGUACCAUAGUUCGUUUACGUACUAGCGCUCUCUACACGCAAGAUCGCCAUUUUAUAAACCAACCCAUACACACACUGGGAUUCGUCGUCGCAGCUCCAUCGCGGAGCAGUGUGCAGAGCUAAGCUACUGCUAUCUUAGUUCUAUUUUAUGUAUGGAGCUUGCUGUUUUUUUAGUGAACCGUUGCCGUUGAAACUUUCAUCAACAGUCAACAAGUCUUUGACUUGCUGCACAAGUACAGCAAAAUGGGGAACCCGCGGCGGAAGAAACAUCGUUGCCGGUUUUGCACUAAAACUUUUGAUCGACCUUCCAAACUUACUCGUCAUGAGGCGUUGCACACAGAUAAAUCAGUCCAACCCCAAUUAGGCGAUAAAAAUGAUGCAGAUCCUUGUCGCAACUACCUCUGUGACUGCGGCUUGGGGUUCAAACGCAAAAGGAGUAUCAUACAACACCAAAUGUACUGCCAGAUUCACACAAACAGAGUUAAGGCAAGAGAGAGUGAGAAAUAUGAAAGUCAGCAGGAAAAGCGGCCCAAGAAAAGCAAGAGUAAAACUACACAUGAGUUUCGUUGUGACAGGUGUUCAAGUACAUUUAGGUCCAUGGAACGUCUCCAAGAGCACAAGAAACGCCUACACAAUUGGAAAAGGGUCCAGCCACAGCCAUCCUUAGCUCGUUCAAAGAAAAAACGUGGAAGUAGAGCGGUCGACAAAACCACUGUUCCUAAACACAGCAGCACAAUGUCUGCAAGACCUUCACCAAUCAAGCAUGUCUCAUCCAACAAGAGCAAUCACAAGACCGAGGGCAAGUUCCUGCAAUCUCUGAGGAACAGGGAAGGGGCUUGCUCCAUAUGUGGCAAGUUCUUAAAAAGACAGAAUCUGCCUUUUCACCGCAAGCAACACCAACUUGGCAUUUUAAAUGCCAACUAUCUGAAUGAGUGGACAUCAAAAAAGCAGGUGCUGUACAUGUGCCGAUACGAAACUUGCAAUCGGGCAUUUUUGAAUGAACAACAGUUAUCGCAUCAUGAACCUUUCCAUGUUAGCAGCACACCCUUCAUGUGUGACCUAUGCGAUGAUCUUUUUGAGACAGAAUCAGCACAUCAAAAUCAUGUCUCGACUUGUAUGCUUGGACUUAGAGUAAAUUCGUGCUGGUAUUGCUGUAAAUUCUUUGGAAAAGGCAGUAACCGCACCCGCCAUGAAGAAAUACAUCUUAAGAACAUGGAUCCAUACUUCUGCGGGCAUUGCUCUAAAACUACUUCUACAAGGCCAGAGCUCAACAAGCACCACAUCAAUGUACAUCGGAAUUUGAAGCCCGGGCCCAAUAUGUUUUAUAAGUGUAAGUUCUGUUCCAUACAAUUGGUGAGUAAAUCCAAGCUACUCAAGCAUGCUCAAUCUGAACACUGGUCCGAAAUAGCUGGCACCAGCUUCACGUAUGGUACCGUUAAGUUGGUAGGUGAUGAGAAGCCGCAAGAAAGUUCUCAGAGCAGUGAAACAUUUGAUAAGGAAAAAGCCUUGACUGAGCAUAAGAAAAUUACGCAGGAACCUUUCAAGUGCAGUAAAUGUAAGCGUUCAUUUAGGUUAAGAAUGGCUCUUCAGCGGCACUCCAUAACUAACUGUCGAUCUCCUGUUGCCACCUGCAGCACGACGAUACAUGGAGCAACGACUGCAACAGUCAAAGAAAUGGAAGAACAUGAUGAAGACAUUAUAAGUAUCUCGUCAUCAUCUCCAUCCCCCUCCCCAUCCCCAUCCCCACCCCCAUCCCCACCAGCAGGUCCUGAGAUGCAGUCUGUCCAGAUACAGAGAUUAAAGGCAGUGCCUCCGAGAAGAACAGGAAACACAGAAGUUCGCCAUCACUUCACAGUCCCUACGAACAGCGACUGUUCCUUUCCUCAGCCCAGGGAUCAGAUUUACCUGAUUCAGUACUCGUCUGAUUACAUGUCUCAAGGGCCGCUAACUUUAAGCCUUCCGGAUGGUAACACGUCAGCAUCAGUAAUCAGAAUACUACCACCAGAUGGUGGAAAUCUACCUGUGCCCAUUCCAGUAAAGCUGGAACGUGUUUUGUGAACUAACAGAAGAAAAUUUGGAAGAUGUUACUCGCUAGGUGGUGGCAGAAUCACUUGAUUCUUGAAAUAUGUACAUGUACAUAUACUCAGAAGCAAUCAAUCUCUGGAUCGUCUCUUCAAAGACCUAUGGGAUGAGCCAGAGCUGUGUUUUGAGAGAGUUUAUGAAUGUGACUUUGAGGGACUGGUUUUAUUCAGUUAGGUGGCUGCGGGAUGUGGAUGCCAUUUUGGGUCCAAAUGAAGCACAGCCCAAUGCUCAGUCUAUAUGCACACAAGCCUAUAAUGGUAGAUCAAAAUGGCUUCUGAUCGCAAGUUGUUGCAACUCGUUCAAUUCACAGCUCCGGUACAUGUUCUUGUUUAAGGCGUAGUGAUGAAUAAUUGGACCAGUUGUACAAAGGGCAAUGCCACACAAUCACGUUAUGUACACACAAGUUCUGAUAAAUACGACAUGAAGGCUUCAUGUUCUUAUGUAAACAAAUACAUGUAAUUAUCACUCUUCUCUUUUUAAAGGCAAAUGGGUGGAUUUCACAAAGAGUUAA